UAUACUUUGACACUUGAAAAAACAAAACAAAUCUGAGAUUUCGCAGCUUUGUAUACUAUUUUGCUUUUAUUUAGUGCAUUUAAACGAUUUAGAUUCCCGUAAGUCGAGUGAAAUUAAAUAUGGAUGAGGAAAUCAAAAAACAAUUCGAAGAAAUGGGAGUAGAGGUCAGCGAAGAUGUAGUCACAAAAUCGCUGGAGCUGUGCGUCAGCUAUCGCAUAGAUGACGCUGCCGAAUAUGUGGAACAAUGGUUGGCUUUUAGUAUUUCCAAUUUAAAUGGUGCCGAGCCAACAGUGGAGAAUUUAACAGAAUUUGAGCGUAAAGUGUUUCAGGCAAAGCGCGACAAAGAGUUGGCACAGGCGAAUCGGAAACGUGUCAGUUACGCUACACCAAGCGCAAACAAAUUAUACGCACCGCCUAUGGAGUCCAAUCCAUUGGCAAUAUAUGGUGUGGAAGAUAGUGCUGUAAUUGAGGACUAUGACAUAGGUGGUGGUAGUGGAGGUAACGCUGCUAAAGAAGUCGACGAUGAUGAAGAUAUGUUAGGGUCCUACAACGUUUGUCAUACGCCAAAACCAAAGGCUAAAAACGCUUUGGUAAGAACACCUGCUCGCCACGGUGAUGCUCUACUCUUCAGUCCAGCCAGUUAUUCGCCAAUCACCGGCACACCACGCACCCACAGUGCCACAGCAGGCUCAGGCAAGAUCGUUUACACUUUUGGCAAUCCAACGCUUAUCGGUGCCGCAAAAUGGGCAUCCACGCAGCAAAAGAAAAUCCAAGUUAAACAAUUGCUAUGCCACAACGGUAAGACACUCGAUGAGCCCAAAUCCAAUUACAUGUAUGACUGUCUGCGCGAAAGGUGUGAUAUCGCAGCUGAUCGCAUUUUUCACAUCGGCAAAGAGCUGUGUAAAAAGGUGUUUGGCACAAAUGCGGACGAUUACGAGCUGAGUCAAGUGGACGAACAUUCACAGGAAUUGACAAAAACAAUUGGCACCAUUUGCUGUGAUCAUGAAGGCCCAUUAGACCCUUCUUCCACCAUGUUAGCCGGCACAGAUGAAGCACGUUGCCUAACGGUGCGUUUGAAUUUCUCUAAAGCCAAGUCGGUGGCAGUUUUCCCCGGACAAAUUGCAAUCGUGAGUGGUAAAAAUCCUAAAGGUGAUACUUUCAUUGUGGACGAAGUAUUGGCUGAGCGGCAACUAAGUCCACCUACACCACCGAAACUUACAGAUCCAUUAAGUUUUGUCGUCGUUGCCGGCCCAUAUACGCACGAUGAUGAUCUUGUAUAUGAACCAUUGCAUGAUUUGAUUGCAUACUUAAAGGAACACAAGCCGGAUGUUUUGGUAUUGACUGGACCUUUUUUGGAUGCGGAGCAUAAGCUGAUUAGUGAAAAUGUGACACUGGCCGAAUCGUUUGAGUCGUUCUUUGAAAAAAUGAUCGCAAGCAUUGUGGAUGCUAUUGGCACCUCAACAACAAUUUUAAUUGUCACUUCGCAUAAGGACGCUAAUGCUGAUCCUGUAUAUCCCACGAUGUCGAUCCCUCUGCGAAAGACUUAUCAAAAUGUGCAUUUCUUACCAGACCCAUCGAUGAUCGAUUUAAAUGGCAUUGUUAUAGGAAUGACAUCAACGGAUAUCAUGCAGCAUAUAAUUUCAAAUGAGUUGGCGUUCAAUGCCGGCGAUAAAGUAAAACGCGUCGUCAACCAUCUUUUCAAUCAAGGAUCUUUCUAUCCUCUUCACCCACCAGCAUGCGAUGAGAUAAGCUUCGACAGCUUCUUAGCAGCCAGAUAUGCGAAAAUCGAACAAAUUCCAAAUAUACUUUUACUGCCGAGUGACCAAAAGUGUUUCAUCAGGGUGGUGAACGGUUGUUUGGCUAUAAACCCAGGACGUCUGGCCGAUAGCACUGGUGGCACAUUUGCAAGAUUUAUCAUUACACCGCCAGCUUCUAAGGACGAUACAAAUAUAUGUAACUUUGUUGCCUGCCAAAUACGCAAAGUUUAGACUGUUAUUUUUGUCUAUAAGUAUGAAUAUUUAAAUGUUCAAUUUUUAUAAGUGAAACUGCAAUUUUGCAUGUUCAGCAUUUAAUUUGUUGUAAUACAAAACAGCAUUUGCAUGAAAAAUGUUACAAAUAAAUUAUACACAUUUAUCAUUAA